ACAGUCUUCUGAGACACCAUCUCCUGGCUUCUCUCAAUUGCUCAUGAAGGUUCCAGGAUGACGCUUAACAAUAUUUGACUUUUCAUCAUUCCUUUUUCCCUUACAGAGUCAGGAAUAACAGAAGUGCCAAAAUGGCUGCUGUAUCGAUUGCUAUGAAAUCACCAACACAGUCGCCCGACAGCAUCACCGAGCUCCUUUGGAAAGAUGCUUUGCGUCAUCUGGGGUCUACGAAUGAUGAAGUCCUUUUGCCAACAAAUGUCGUGGAUAUCAUCGGUCAGGAUAACGUCGAGAAGAUCAAAUCCCGUCUUUCUGCUCUUCUCGGCGCUCCAGUUGUGUCGUUCGUUGAUGAAUCAAUCAAUGCUCUGCGUGUUCUGCGCACACCGACAUUCUCGGGCUCAUCGAUUUCCGUUGCAUCUCCUUCUAGGGCCCUUGAUUCAUGGCCCAGCGAACCGCCUAACAAACCCAGGCCAGCGUCAAUGAAACCCGCAAAGAUUCCUCGGCCUCCAAAUGCGUUCAUCCUCUAUAGGCAGCAUCAUUACCCCAAAGUAAAGGAGGCACGACCGGACCUCUCGAACAACGAAAUCUCGGUGAUAAUAGGAAAGAAAUGGAGAGCAGAGCCGGAAGAGGGGAAGCUGCACUUCAAGAACCUAGCGGAAGAGUUCAAAAAGAAGCACGCGGAGGAAUACCCUGACUACCAGUACACUCCUCGGAAGCCUUCUGAAAAGAAGCGUCGUGCGGCUUCUCGCAUUUCUCCUAAGAAUUCGAAGCGUACUGUGGCCCUUGAGAACCCUGGGUCCAUGACUGCACCAUCAUCCAACGUGUUUACGCCUCAAAUGUACCCUGGCAUACAGAACGGUCAACUCGCAGGCGCAGGUUACAUCGGAUAUCUAGAUGGUUUAAACAGUAUGGUCAACACUGGUGGAUUGACCGAUGAGCCUACAAAUUUCGGCACGAAUGCGUUUAAUUCUCUCUUCCAACAACCCCAGAGCGACUAUGGCAGGACUGCAUUAUUCCCGCAGUUGGAGUUUGCGGGCCCGUCUUUGGGAGAUUCUUUAGAGUUUCCUGAAUUUGCAGCCGAUUACUUCUGAGAAGGUUAUCAUAGUCCUGAUCUUCUCACUCCUCCAUUCUACGUCGACCAAGAAUCCCGAUCGCUUCGGUGUAUAUACAUGGAUCCCCUGUGGUUGCUUUGUGUUGUUACGUCAGCAUUUUUACAGUCAGCGCUCAGAAAGCUGCCGCUUCUCGCAGGUACGCUGCUUGAAUGGAUCCGAGCCGCAUAUUGUGCCGUAUGCGCAGAAGCGAGUAUGACUGGACCUCUUCCUACCUUCGACCACGCGCCUGUUGUACUAGGUUGCUAAAGAGCGCGCUUCGCUACCUAGAAUGCGACAAGAAAGUCGUUAUCGGACUCCAAAAUACACUAAAGAAGUACAUGCAAACGUGAUCGAAAGUGCGAAAUUCCGCUCGACAUACCACCCAGCUUGGGUUGAUCGAGUGACGAAGCUUCCAUCGGUGUUGUUUUGUGGGUGUGUCUCUUGUCGUACACCUACCACUCGGUGAGGCUGUCUACCACUUUGCUUGGGCUUAUGGACAUUGUCUUGAAAGAUGCGGAGAGGCGGCUGUGCCGAUGGCCCUAACUGAGCUAUGCCUUCGUCAUGUAUUCUCACUUAAUAGAUAAUCGCCAGAAGCUACUUUUGAUUGG